UAACUUGAAAAACAUUUGUAUGCUACCGUAUCGGGCCGGGUCGGGUCAACAUAUCGCUAAUUAAGUUUACAACCGUCUCCUGAUCACGAGUGAGGCUUAUCGUUAUCGUCUCCUUUAUAUCCCAACGAGAAGCUCACAUUCAGAGCUCCAAUGGCGAUAUCUUCACCUCCAUUGAUAUCAUCAUCAUUCCCUCACAGAGAAACGAUCCCCAACCCUUUGAAUCCACCGAACCCAAUUCUUCUAAUCUCCAAAUGCAGUUCCCUAAGAGAGCUGAUGCAGAUACACGCUCACGCCAUCAAAUCUCAUCUCCACGACCACAAAGACCCUUCCUUUAUCACAAAGCUGAUAAAUUUCUGCACGGAGGCUCCCACGUCGUCCUCGAUGUCUUACGCACGCCACCUGUUCGACGCAAUGCCUGAACCAAACAUCAUGAGUUUCAACUCCAUCGCUCGUGGGUACUCUCGUUACACGAAUCCUAUUGAGUCUUUCACUCUCUUCGUCGAUGUCUUGGAACGUGGGAUGUUGUUGUUGCCUGAUCACUACACGUUCCCGUCUCUUCUCAAAGCCUGCGCAGCUGCCAAAGGGAUUGAAGAAGGUAGGCAGCUGCAUUGUCUGUCAAUGAAGCUAGGGCUUGAUGGUGAUGUGUUUGUUUGCCCUACGCUUAUCAGUAUGUACACCGAGUGUGGAGAUGUGGACGCUGCUAGACGCGUGUUUGAUCGGAUCUUUGAGCCGUGUUGUGUUGUUUCUUACAACGCGAUGAUAACAGGAUACGCGAGGAGGAACAGACCGAACGAGGCUUUGUCAUUGUUCCGUGAGAUGCAAGGUAAGAGCUUGAAGGUUAAUGAGAUCACCCUUUUGAGUGUUCUGUCUUCUUGUUCGCUUUUGGGGUCGUUGGGUUUAGGGAAAUGGAUAAAUGAGUACGCUGAGAAACACGGGUUCUGUAAGUAUGUGAAAGUAAACACGGCUUUGAUCGAUAUGUUUGCUAAGUGCGGUAGCUUGGAGGAUGCUGUGUCUCUGUUUGAGAGGAUGAGAUGUAAGGAUACACCAGCUUGGUCAGCGAUGAUUGUAGCUUACGCGAACCACGGGGAAGCAGAGAAGUCUAUGUUGAUGUUUGAGAGGAUGAGAUCUGAGAGUGUUCAGCCUGAUGAGAUCACGUUUCUUGGCUUAUUAAACGCUUGCAGCCACAGGGGUCUAGUGGAAGAAGGGCGUGAGUACUUCUCAAUGAUGGUUAACGAGUUCAAGAUUAUUCCGAGUAUUAAGCAUUAUGGUUCUAUGGUGGAUCUUCUCGGUAGAGCUGGACAUUUGGACGAUGCGUAUAGGUUCAUUGAUACACUCCCUAUUAGUCCAACACCAAUGUUAUGGAGGAUUCUCUUGUCUUCUUGUAGCAGCCAUAACGAUUUAAACCUAGCUGAGAAGGUUAGCGAAAGGAUCUUUGAGCUAGACGACUCACACGGUGGUGAUUACGUGAUAUUAUCAAACCUAUACGCUAGAAACAAGAAAUGGGAAGAUGUAGAUUCUUUAAGAAAGGUGAUGAAGGAUAGAAGAGCGGUGAAAGUCCCUGGGUGCAGCUCGAUAGAGGUAAAGAACGUGGUUCAUGAGUUUUUCUCAGGGGAUGGUGUGAGGUCUAAUACACACACAACAAAGCUUCACAGAGCGUUAGAUGAAAUGGUGGAAGAGCUGAAGCUUGCAGGGUAUGUUCCUGAUACAUCAGUGGUGGUUCAUGCGGAUAUGGAUGAUCAAGAGAAGGAGAUUACGGUUAGGUAUCACAGCGAAAAGCUUGCGAUUGCGUUUGGAGUGUUGAAUACUCCCCCAAGAACGACGAUUAGGGUUGUGAAGAAUCUGAGGGUGUGUAGAGAUUGCCACAAUGCAGCUAAGUUAAUCUCUGUUGUGUUUGGUAGGAGAGUUGUUCUUAGAGAUGUUCAGAGGUUUCAUUAUUUUGAAGAUGGUAAAUGUUCUUGUGGGGAUUUUUGGUGACGCCAAUCCACAGAAACAACAAUAUGAUUUUUUUGUAUGUAAAAAAUAUGUAACUGUAUAGUUUUUAUACAGUGGUUUUGAAGCCGACCUAACAUGUUUAUUCGAUCUA